AGAGAAGAGUGCAGGACACUGAGUGGAGGCUGGUGGAGGACACUGAGUGGAGGCUGGUGGAGUGAUUGGCAGAGAGGGGUGGAGGACACUGAAUGGAGGACACUGAGUGGAGGCCAGUGGAGUGAUUGGCAGAGAGGGAUGGAGGACACUGAGUGGAGGCCAGUGGAAGGAUUGGAAGAGAGGGGUGGAGGACACUGAGUGGAGGCUAGUGGAGGGAUUGGCAGAAAGGGAUGGAGGACACUGAGCAUGGAGGCUGGUGGAGGGAUUGGCAGAGAGGGGUGGAGGACACUGAAUGGAGGCUAGUGG